CACACAUCCGGCGCCAAACCAUCUCGCGCCACUGAAGUCUAGGUGUACCGAACGCUGAACACGCGGCCCCGGCCGCCAUGGACGAGCUGUACCUGGAGAACAUCGACGAACUGGUCACGGACCAGAAUAAGAUAGUGACUUACAAAUGGCUGAGUCUCACUCUGGGUGUUCACGUCAAUCAAGCUAAACAGAUGCUGUAUGAUUAUGUGACACGGAAGCGGAAGGAGAAUCAAAGCGCUCAGGUGCACGUAACGUACCUGCUAACAGGAAAAUGUAUUCAGAAUGGGUACCCUUACCACAAGGUGGCAGUAGUGAGGGAGGACAAACUGGAAGCUGCCAAAGCGAAGCUUGCUGUGGUCGCCAACGUCCACGUCUACAGCAUCCAGAAAGCCGCCUUGAAAGACAGCGCUCCGCUCUUCAACACCGAUUAUGAUAUCUUCAAGAACAACCUCGAGGACUGUAACAAGUUUAGUGCCAUUCGAUGCCCGCAGGCUGUGCCGAGGACCCCGGAACAGAUGUCACAGAGCCAGCCGGUUGAGCAAGCGCCUACUCCCAGCACGCCAGCCAUCAAUGGGCAUCUCUCUCAACCAGCAGCGAAGUCCGGCAGCCAGCCUCCCAAGGGCAUCAUGGGCAUGUUCACCCGGCCGCCGUCCAAAACACAGCAAGCCGAUAAAGAAACGAAGCCGGAGAGCAAGGAGCCUGAACCUUCUGCCGGAAGCAACAAGCCAUCUGCCAAAGCCAGCGCUAUGAAUAACUUCUUUGGAAAGGCUUCAUUGAGCAAAAUCAAAGAAACCUCUUCCACGAACGAAUCUGUCAAACAGGAGGAGAAACCAUCUCCGUCGGUAGCCCCUACCACCGCCGCACCACCUCCAGAGAAGCCCGCCAAGAAAAGCGAGGCCGCCAAAGCUCCGGCAAAAGAGAAGAAAAGCAGGUUGAAGCGAGCGGAAAUCUCGGAUAGCGACGAAGAAGCCGAGAAACUCGUGAAAAAGAGGAGACGGAUCAAGCAGCCCACGCGCGACAGCAGCGACGAGGAGGGUGCGCCACCAUCUCGGCAGGUGAAGACCCCAUCUCCUCCGCUACCGCCGGAGCCGGUUCAGAAGAGCGAGGCGGAAUCCCAGUCACAGUCUGGAGGAAAAAGGAGGAAGCGGAAACGCGUUCUGAAAUCCAGGACGUUUGUGGAUGACGAGGGUUGUAUGGUCACGGAGAAAGCGUAUGUGAGCGAGUCCUGCACGGACAGCGGCGAGGACUUCUCCACCACCUCCAAACCGGCGGCCGCUCCGAGGCAACCCAGCGCGGCGGCCGUAAAGCAAGAAGCAAAAGCCGAGACCAAAUCGUCGAAAAAGACGUCUGCGGCCAGCAAAGGCACCAAGCAAGCCUCCAUUAUGGGCUUCUUCCAGAAAAAGUGAAACACUGGCCCAAAAAACACUUAUUUGUAGAAACAUCUUUGGGGUCGCCAUAACAACCGCAUGGAUUUUUGUGGCCCUCAUGGGGCAUUUUGGCUAUUGAAGGUAAUUCGGGGUGGCCUGCGUUCUCGGAACCUUGCUAUCCGAGCCUGUUCGGCAUGCGCAUGUUCUGGCCGCUUUCGAUAUCCAGCCUGUAUAUUUAUUACAAAAUCAAUGAAGCGGUCGGAAGGAUGGCGACCGGGUGGGCGAUUCUCUGCUCACAUACACGCAUCUGAUUAUCACCGACCUAUCGCAAGCGGUUCAGUAAUAAACAACAUUAAUAAUAAUUAACAA